AUGCCUCCCCGCGCCCACUCCAAGACCUCUCGUGUCCCCCGCCGACCCUUCGAGUCUGCCCGACUUGACUCCGAGUUGAAGCUCGUUGGCGAGUAUGGCCUGCGCAACAAGCGUGAGGUCUGGCGAGUCGGUCUGACUCUGUCCAAGAUCCGUCGUGCUGCCCGUCAGCUUCUUACCCUCGACGAGAAGGACCCCAAGCGUCUCUUCGAAGGCAAUGCCCUCAUUCGACGUCUUGUCCGUGUCGGUGUCCUUGACGAGUCCCGCAUGAAGCUCGAUUACGUCCUGGCUCUUAAGAUCGAGGAUUUCCUUGAGCGCCGUCUUCAGACCUGUGUCUGGAAGCUCGGUCUUGCCAAGUCUAUCCACCACGCCCGUGUUCUGAUCCGCCAGCGUCACAUCCGAGUCGGAAAGCAGAUCGUCAACGUUCCCUCUUUCAUCGUCCGUCUCGACUCCCAGAAGCACAUCGACUUCGCUCUUACCUCGCCUUUCGGUGGUGGCCGUCCCGGCCGUGUCCGCAGAAAGAAGGCCGCUGCCGCUGCCGGCGGUGAGGGUGGUGAGGACGAGGAAGACGAGGAGUAA